AUGCCCCGCGUGAGUGCGGCGCCGAAAUACACCGUUGCGGAGGAGAAGGAGGUGGUGGGACUCUUCGAUCGGAAGCUGGUUCCUUUUCUGGCGCUGCUCUACUUGCUCUCUUUCUUGGAUCGCUCCAAUAUCGGGAAUGCAAAGAUCGCCGGCCUAGAUCACGACCUGCACCUUUCCUCGUCGCAGUAUGAAUGGGUCCUGACGGCGUUCUACAUCACAUACAUUCUCUUUGAAUGGAUGACGCUGUUGUACCGCGUCGUCCCACCGCAUAUCUACAUCUCCCUUUGUGUCUGUGGCUGGGGACUGACUGCAUCUUUCCAAUGUCUGGUCACCUCGUUCGGCGGGCUAUUUGUGCUGCGCGCAUUACUAGGCAUCACGGAAGCGGCGUUUGGUCCCGGCGUCCCAUUCUAUCUCUCCCUGUUUUAUCGCAGAGAAGAAUUGGCUUUCCGCAAUGGACUGUUCAUUUCAGCGGCGCCACUGGCUACCUCCUUUGCGAGUAGUCUCGCCUGGCUAAUCGUCAAACUGAGCAGCAAUGGCCCUAUUUCUCCGUGGCGCAUCCUGUUUUUGCUCGAAGGGUUUCCCAGUGUCAUCGUUGCGGUCUUUGCCUGGGGCUUGAUCCCUGACUCUCCCGGUCGCGCUCGUUUUCUUACUCGGAGGCAAAGAACCGUGGCUCAGUUGCGCCUUGGAGAGAGUAGGGAUGAGUUCCAGGGCCCGCAGACAGGGUUUGAUUGGCAAGCAGUUGGGAAGACCCUGGCGGAUCCCAAGGCCUACAUCACUGCCUUCAUGUUUUUCAGCUGUAAUGUCGCCUUCAGCUCGAUGCCGGUGUUUCUGCCCACCAUCAUUAGACAUAUGGGCUACUCCUCUCUCACAGCGCAAGCACUCUCCGCACCACCCUACCUGGUGGCCUUCAUUGUAGUCCUCAUCACGGCAUACGUCUCGGACCGCAGCCAGUCCCGCAGCUUCUACCUCAUCUUGCACGCCCUCAUCUCCUCAGCAUCCUACCUUGUCAUUGCAUUAACAGGGGCCUUGCACUCUUACAUGCCCAUAAGCCUGCACACCACCAUCCGGUACAUCUGCGUCUACCCAGCCGUGUCAGGCUUCUUCUCCGCCAUCACUCUAAUCAUCACCUGGACGAUGGACAACCGCACCGAGAAAGAGGGCAAAGGUGCCAGCAUCGCCAUCCUCAACAUCAUCGGCCAGUGCGGGCCUCUCAUCGGCACGCAUCUAUACCCGGGCUCCGAUGGGCCAUGGUAUGUCCCCGGCAUGGCGGUGUGUUCGUUCUUCAUGGUCGUUGUCGCCAUCUUGGCUAUUAUAUUGCGGGUUAUCCUGAAGAAGCAGAAUCGGAUCUUGCAGUUGAAGUACGAGGCUAGUCAUCAUGUCAAUGGUGGGCCUGCUGAUGAUGAGGACGAGGAGCGGGAUGGGCUCAUGGGUGGGGGGAGGAGAGAGGAUCUAGAGCCUAGUACUGGCGAGAAGAAUUAUCUCUUUCUUAUAUGA